GGGCGCGGGCGCGGUCGACCAGAGUGUCGCCUGACCCGGUGUCCCGCCAACUCUGCAGCUCCGUCCAGCUCUGCCCUUAGGGGACGGGGGAAUGGGGUGGGAGAGGCUUUUCUGGGACUCGAUCAAGGAGCUUGGAUUUUUCUCAGAGCGAUGGUCUCAGAUCCUGGGGUGUGCCCUUCUCUGGCAAAAGACGGAGCGCCUAGAUGUGCCCUCAAGUCAUUCUGCCGCAGGAUUCCGGUGUCUGCCCCCUUAGCGGGAGUGGGCCUGCUGAUAACCUUUCUUAGCACGUUCGGCUGCCUUGUACGGGCCCCAGGUCUGAGCGUGAGUAUGGCAGAAGGGGACACCCUGAUAUCAGUGGAUUAUGAAGUUUUUGGGAAAGUGCAAGGAGACAUGGGUUCAAUCCCUGGUCGGGGAACUAAGAUCCCACAUGCCACGGGGCAACUAAGCCCACUCGCCACAACUACUGAGCCCGUGCACCACAACUACAGAGCCCACAUGCUCUGGAGCCCGCAUGCCACAACUAGAGAGAAGCCCGCGCACCACAACGAAGAGCCCCUGCACUGCAACGAAGAUCCCACUUAAGGCAGCUAAGACCCAACGCAGCCAAAAAUUAAUUAAUUAAUUUUUAAAAUUCACCCUUUUAAAGUGUAUAAUACAGGUCUUCCCUGGUGGUGCAGUGGUUAAGAAUCCGCCUGCCAAUGCAGGGGACACAGGUUCGAGCCCUAGUCCGGGAAGAUCCCACAUGCCGCAGAGCAUUAAACCUGUGCACUGCAACUACUGAGGCUGUGCUCCAGAGCCUGCGAGCCACAACUACCAAAGUCCGCGUGCCUAGAGCCCGUGCUCCACAACAGGAGAAGCCACUGCAAUGAGAAGCCUGCGCACCACAACAAAGAGUAGCCCCCACUCGCUGCAACUAGAGAAAGCUCACACGCAGCACUGAAGACCCAACGCAGCCCAAAAAAAUUAUAAUAAUUAAA